AUGUCUUACCGGAAACAAAGUGAAAUGAUGUCAUACCAGAAACAAAGUGAAAUGAUGUCAUACCGGAAACAAAGUGAAAUGAUGUCAUACCGGAAACAAAGUGAAAUGAUGUCAUACCAGAAAGAAAGGGAAAUGAUGUCAUACCAGAAAGAAAGUGAAAUGACGCCAUUGCAUUUUCUUCCCAGCAUCGUUCAAGUUUUGUUCUAUGACAAUAAUGAAACAGACAACGACACUGACAACAAUACAGACAAUGUCUCAGACCAUGACAUAGAUGAUGACACAGAUGAUGUCACAGAGGUUGUCACAGACCAUGACAUAGACGAUGAAACAGACGAUGUCACAGAAGAUGACACAGACAAUGACACAGAUGAUGUAACAGACGAUGUCACAGAGGUUGUCACAGAUGAUGUAACAGAAGAUGACACAGACAAUGACACAGACGAUGUAACAGAUGAUGUCACUGACAAUGACACAGACGAUUUUACAGAUGAUGUCACUGACAAUGACAAAGACGUUGACAUAGAAGAUGCCACAGAUGGAGAUGCAGAUGAUACCACAGAUGAUGAUACAGAAGAUGACGCAGACAACACCUAG